AUUUAAUAGCAACUAGCAACACACACAAAACGCCAUGUUUAUUUCUUUUCUUUCCGUCAUUUCGUUGCCGCGUACAUCUGAAGAAACAGACAGUAGUCGCCAGGAAUACAGAGUGUAGCGGCAUUACAUGAAAAUGGGUAAAAAAGUUAGAGAAUACAAAUCCGGAGACUUUAUAUUUGCCAAAGUAAAAGGAUAUCCAGCAUGGCCAGCUCGUGUACAAAGAUUGAAUGGCAAAAAGUAUUUUGUAUAUUUCUAUGGAACCGGAGAAACAGCUAAUCUACCACCAAAUAUGAUAUUUGACUAUGCAGAGAAUAAAGAUAAAUUUCUAACUAAAACUGUGAAAAGGAAAGACUUCAACCUUGGUGUUAAACAGAUUGAACAUGAUUUUGCAAAUAAUGUGCCUGUGGAAGAGGUUGUUGGGAUAGCAUUGCUACCACCAGACACAAGUGUCAAUGACACAAUCAAUGAUUCCGCUGCUAAUGACACUAUGGAUGAAUCCGCUGCCACCGAGGAUGACACCACAAUUGCAAAUGACACUGCCACAGAAGAUACAAAUACAAGUCAAAUUGAUACCGGUGUGGAUGACUCUGAUGAGACCGGUGGCCUGGUUAUUGAUGAGGGAAAGAAGGGUCGCAAAUCCACGAAAGCGGCAACACCGGCGAAACCAAUAAAAGAACCGAAGACUCCACGCGGGAAAGCAAAGAAAGAAGAACAAAAGGAAGAUGUAGAAGAGAAAAAAGAAGAAGAAAUAAUAAGUAGGAGUGGUAGAAAAAUACGACCGAAAAGAUAUAUAGAUGAACAUACAGAAGAGAAUACAACCUUACCCUCGCCCGCACCAAAGAAACGCAGAGUCCCAUCCCCUCCUCCAGAGAAAGAAAAAGAACCAGAGAAAGAGAAAUCAAAGUCUGAUGCCACAAAGGCAAAGAUUGACAAGACGAAACUAUUUAACACUGUCUCACAGUCUGAGCUUGAAGAUUUGAAAGAACCCUUUGCACACGAGGAUGCAGACAAGGAGAAUAUUCUGAUAGCGUAUCUGAGUAACGGCCAGUAUGUAGGCAUCAGGCUGUUCCAGUCACGACCGGCUUCUUUUAAGAACGAGGCAGGCAGGCUACAGUGGGACAAGCAAGCAGCUACUAACGCGCUCAACCUUAAAAUGCAAUUAGAAAGGGGACAAAUUACCCCACAAUCGGUGAUGGGACAACUUGUAACAGAUCUACAUUUAACUGACGAAGAGAAAGCUACAUUGGACAAGGAAAGAGAAACAGAGGAGAAGAAAUCUCGCGUUCAAUUCUUGAAGACGGAAAUGAAGUUAAUUGAACUGGACGCCAAGAUAAAGACCUGCCUGUGUCUGGAGAAAGCCGAUACUGAACUCUGCUUGAAACUACUUGAUGAACUGAUGGAACUGGAUAUAAAGCCUCUAAUGCUGCUAAAACAUCCUUCAUGCUUGGAGACUGUGAAGCGCAUGCGAGCUUACAUCGGCAACACCAACUCGUGGGACCUCAGCGAGAGCGCCGCGCUGCAGUUCAACAAGCAGGCUCAGAGGAUACGCAAGCAGGCGGACACGCUAUACAAGAAUAUGAAAGAAUUAUUCACAACACCAGCCGGCCUCUCGUUCUUCGAGUACUUCUCAGAAAGGGUUUUGGAGUUCAAGAAAGUUACAGCAAAGCUAACGCCCGAUGAACUGUUAGAAAUGGUCCAUGAACCCAUAGAGAUGACCGCUCCAACACAAUUAUCAACGAAAACUCCACCUGCAACUAAAGAGGAUGAGGCAACCCCGGUCCCAGAGGAUGACAACACUAAAAAGAAGAAUACCAACACACCAACUAAAGCAAAGAAACCUAAUGGAACCCAAGCAAAACCUCCAUUAAAGAGACAAUCGUCAAGAAAACAACAAGUAGAAGAAAAAGAAACUAAAGACACAGAGGCUAAAGAGACAGAGGAAGUUCCAGAAGACAAGACAAAUGAAAAACCAGAAGAAAGUAAAGACACAAACACAGAAGAGAACAUCACAGAAGAGAAAGCACCAGAAACUGUGACAGAGGAAACAAAAGAACAAACAGAAAAUGCAGAAAAUACGGAAACAGAAAAAGAAACAGAGACAAAAGAAAAAAGUCCAAGUCCAGAAAAAGAAAGUGAAAAGAGUCCAAAAAAGAGUGAAGAAAAGCCACAGAAGAAGACUGAAGAGAAAGUAGAAGAAGUGAAAGAGAAAGAAAAAGAAAAGCCUGAUGUUGAUGAACCAAGAGCAAAGAGAACAAGAGAGAGUAGGAAGACUGAACCACCUUCACCAAGGUCACCAUCAAAAAGAAAACAAAAACUUUAAACAAUAUAACUUUGACCUGGGCCGUGCACAAUAUUAUAAAAUGAACUGGGUGAAAGCAAUUUUCUGCUAACUCAGAGACUUUAAUGAUCACUAAGGGUCUCGACUAUUAUAUUGCAUUUAAUAUAAAAUCUACACUAAGUAAGUAAUCGUUAACAGACUAAGUACGGCAGACUACGUGAUUGUGAGCAAUAAAAUCUUAUAAACAACUUAGAUGUAAAAUUGCGGUAUUUUUUCAACAACAAAUAUCUUAUUAAGAUAUACUAUAUAUGUAAUUUAUAAAAAUUACACAUUUCUGACGAAAAACAGCUACAAUCAAAAUUAUUGGAGAAUCAAUUAUUUGCUUUUAUGGAUUAUAUUGUGUAAUAAUCGCUUAUUCCCAUAAAUAUAGGACAAAUAAAUAUCCAUCCCCUUCUCAGCCAGGGAAAUAGGAAUGGUGCUAACUGAAACAAAAUGAAGAAUAAACUAUAUAAUACAAAAGUAAUGAGACAUUCAAUAAAAUAACGUCUAAAUAUUGACUUAGGCGAAACUUCUAUUAAAUGACCAAUGGCUAACCUGGAUCUAAAGUGGUCUAGGUAAUAUUUUUAGCUAAAUCUAUGAGCAUCUUUGAACAUAACGAUAUAUAAAUCCGAGCUAUGUCUAUUUUAUAACCGUAUAAAUGUUUGAUCAAUCUUACUAAUAUUAUGAAUGCGAAUGUUUGUUAGAAGGUAUCUCCAGAACUGCUGUAUGGAUCUCGAUGAAAUUUGACAUAGAUAGUGUAUUGUCAGGAAGAACACAUGAUAAAUAAGUUUUUUUAAUUCUGUGCGGACAGAUUCGUAGACAAAAGCUACUAUAACAUACAACAUAAUGACUUCGAACGUGUCGUUUAUCUGAAAAUGUUUAUUUUGUAUCAGACCACUGUAGUUUCAGGUUAGUCAGAAUUAUACCUUUGUCAUUACAGACUUAUUAAAAAUAGACAUGUUUGUAUUCAUUAAAAUACAAACUUUCCAAAAUAAAUCCAUCGACAACAAAUAUAUGAUAUUGUCAGCCAGUGACAUGUGGAAAAUUAAUUUCCUAUAUCCAUUGAAUUCGACAAAUAAUGGAAAAGUUUUUACGGUAAAAAAUAUACUAACGGACUUUAUAUUGAGUUUUCACUGCAUACAUAUGUAAAAAAAUAAAGUCAACGUGAAAUAUAUUUUGUGCAUGUAUCGACAGUGGAAACCCAUGAUUAGCUUUGAUAAACAAUGUAUGAAUAUUUACGUAAUUAAGACAAUUAAGAAAAAAUAAAUUUAUCUUAAACAGUUAUUUUCAAAUUAAGCUACUCAA